AUGCAGCUAGAUUCAGGCCCGACAACGGCCUUUUAUGGAACAUUUAUUCAUUCCAAAAGUUCACAGGAAAUAGAGAUUAUCUCUAAUGGCCUUCUCCUCGUCUCCGCUUCUGGGACAAUUGUGUCUCUUGACAAAGACGUCGAGGAAGAGAACAUUUCCAAGAUCCUAGCGAGUCACGGAAACAGCGCUCUGUCGGUAAAGAAAUUCAAGAAGGGCGAGUUCUGCAUCCCCGGAUUCAUCGAUACGCAUAACCACGCCCCGCAAUGGACGCAGCGCGGAACGGGCCGAGGGCUGCUUAUCCUCAGAUGGCUGAACGAGGUGACCUUUCCUCAUGAGUCGAAAUUCGAGGACCCUAAAUAUGCCGAAGAGGUAUAUGCUAAAUUAGUCGAUGGAUUUCUCAAGCAAGGAGUCACGACAGCAUCAUAUUAUGGCAGCUUGCACCUCGAAGCCACGAAAAUCCUUGCUCGGAUCUGCGUUGAGAAGGGCCAGAGAGCGUUGGUGGGAAAGUGUAACAUGGAACGCAAUGCCCCGGACUAUUACCGAGACAAAUCCAAUAUCGAAUCACUGGAGGAGACCGAGGAUCUAAUCAGAUAUAUCAAGACCGAAUUGGAUCCCCAAGGACUAUUGGUACAGCCAAUCCUAACGCCGCGAUUUGCCAUCUGUUGUGAUGGAGAGUUACUUGAGGGUCUGGGUCAGAUUGCGAAGCGUCAACCAAACCUCAUGAUUCAAACGCACUUUGACGAGGCGAUGCAGGAAGUUGAGGCGACAAUGCAACUGUUUCCAGAGUUCAAUAAUGAGGCUGAUCUAUAUGAGCACUAUGGGCUUUUCAACGACCGAAGCGUCUUGGCCCAUUGCAUAUAUCCAAAUGAAUACGAGAUUGGGCGUAUGAAGGCGUGUAAUGUAGGUGUAUCUCACUGUCCCGUCAGCAACACCACUGGUGGAGAAUGGGGAGCAGCGCCAAUCAGGCGGUAUCUAGAUCUCGGUAUCAAAGUAGGAUUAGGCACAGAUUCUGGAGGCGGGUUCAGCAGCAGCAUCUUGGAAGCCAUGAGACAAGCCAUCAUUACUAGCAAUGCUAGACAACGCAUGACCGAUGGCAAAGACAAGGAGCUCACGAGAGACGAGAUAUUCUAUCUCGCAACUCUCGGUGGAGCACGGGUGUGUUGCCUUGAUCAUAAAAUCGGCUCAUUCGCACCUGGGAAAGAGUUUGAUGCUCUACACGUGUCAAUGUUACCGGAGGCGGAUGCAGCAUCUACUAUGAUUGAGGACAGUGAUUCCAUUGAAACAAUAUUCGAAAAGUUUGUGAUGUCGGGCGAUGAUCGGAAUCUUGUUUCAGUGUUUGUGCGAGGCAAAUCUGUUAAGCCAAGCCAGUCAAGACAAUCCAAAUAG